UAUCAAAAUUUUUAUGUUUUUUGACAUCACUAACUUACUGUAUUUUUUGUGUUUUUACAAAUUCCAAUAAAAACUUCCAAAACUUCAGCGAACUACUAUUGAAUAAUUCCGUCCACACGAGACUGUAUCUCGGCAUAAUUUGUAAACGACUCCACACACGCCUAUUCACACAUCUCAUACAAGCAAUAUAUUUAUAAUUAUAUGUUUGUACAAAAAGUGCUGCAAAUUAUUACUUUGCCUUUAACAACAAUUUAAAGGGCUCUCGACAAAAGGGCGUUGAUUUUCAGAUGGCUUCGAAUUCAUCUAAGAAAAACAAAUCGUCUGGUUUACGCAUAUUGUGGAUACCAGGACGAAAAAGCCAUCCGAAAGGUCGAUUGAGUUCUACAAACAAACAGAUCUCGUAUUCGCCCACCCAAAAGAAAAGCGAGGUGUGGAGCUUGGGCGGCAGCAAGGCCCAAACUGAACUAAUUGACUUGCCCUCGCCAGAAAUAAGCGGUGCCUCGACUUCAUCAUCAUUGGCACUGCUAGGCGGCAUGUCAUCGACGCUUGUGAAGAGUGUAAAAGGCGAUUCGCUGGAUCGUAGUAAUAUAACAACGCCAGAUGACGCAAUAGCUGUAUCAGAAUGUGCCACGUUGCCAACAACUCCAAUCGCUGCAAUAACUCCUAAUUUAAAUAGUCCACUGUCGGAGCUGGCUCCGUCGACAGCCUCAACUGCGGCAAUGCCAUCCCCGAUUGUUGUCACAACAGUUGAAAUUCUUGAUUUACAUAGUAUUUUAAAUCCCGAUGAUUUGCCGAAGGUCCCAUCACUCGGCGAAGCUGAUAUAUCAACUGCCGUUGGUUUAAAUAGCUCGGCAGGGACGACAGCUUCGAUAGCAACCAAUUCAUCUCCCUUAGCCAAUUGCAAAGCCCACAACCAGACAGCUGUCAGGAACAGCUCACCCCAUAAGAGCAGAUACAGAAACCAUAACAAUAACCAGGAUGAUAUAAAUUCAAUUGAAAGUAUUUCUAGUUUUAAUAGAAAUCAAAUAUCUUCAAAUUUUGAAUGGAUUGAUGAAAUGGUGCACCAACGCAACUGCUCCGAACUGAUGCAUAAAAACAAACGUAAAAAAUCUAAAAGAUCAAUCGUUAGCCAGGAAAUGGAUCAGUUAGAUGGCCGCGCAGUUAAGGAGAAACAUGACACGAAAUCAAUGGCACCUUAUGAUGAUAAUGAUGAAAAGGUGGUUAAAUGUCUCUACUAUUCGCUCAUGUGCUGCGACUGUACAAUAUCAUAGAUUUAGAAAUAAACAAACGGUGCAUAUGCACGUACAUAUGCGAAUGUAUGUAGCUUAAGAAUGUAUGCAUCUAAAAACUUGCUCAAAUAUUGUGUAUGUAUGUAUGAACUUGUACACUUUUAUUCGGACCAGAUGAUAAAAUGCUCUGUGCAUACGUACAACCAGCCAGCCAACCAGUGCAAAUAAUCGUGAUCAAGUAUUCCAUUAAAUAAUUCUAUGGAUAUAAAGAAUUAUUAUUUUCAUCAAAUCUCAAAGCUCGAAAUACAAUAUCUAAUUUGUCAAUUUAUAUUUACAGUUACGUGUCCCACACACAAACAUAGAUAUACAUUAUUAUAUCGCUAUUUGAUACUUUUUAUACAUAAACGUAUAUUUGCCUGUAAAUAAACUGAAAGCAUUUGUCUGCUGAAACGUUUUCAAUGUUUUCGAAACAUUACUGAA